AUGCAGAGCCCCAGCAAACUGUCUGAUGUCUCUCUCCCUUGGCCCCAUGCCUUCUCCGGACCCCAAGGUUGGGCUGACCUCCCGGAUGGCUUGCUUCACUCUGUCGUUGCUCGGCUGGGCUCCUUCCGAGACCUUCUUGGCUUCGCAGCAACAUGCCCCUCUUGGCGUGCUGCCUUCUCCUCGUACCCAUCCAAAUCUAUGCUCCGCUCAAAAUUUCCACCUCUCCUCAUCCAGCCCCAUGUUCGUGUACAAGGUCCUCUUCUUCCUGCUGCCAAUGGUUGCCAUCAGCUAUACACAUGUGUGGUUAUCGAUCCAGCCAACAAAAAGACCUCCCUUCGCUGCCAGAUUCCUGUAGAAACUACGGAGAAGAUGAUAUAUAUUGGCUCAUCCUAUGGUAAUAUCAUCUACUUCUGCUAUGGAUAUGUUCACAUCGUUGAUGUGUUCACUGGCGUGGAGGUUUCAACUCCACGUCUCCCAUCCAGUGUCAAAUGUGAGACAUUCUACUUGAACGGCAUUCUAACGUCCCCCCUUACAUCACCCAACUCGCAUCUCCUUGUCAGUACCGAGUUCUCCCUGUUUGAUUUGCUUGUUGGAAGUGACUCUUGGUCUCAAGUCCAGCUUCCUCAUAUGUUGGUAAUAGACCAAAUCGUGGAAUUCAAUGGGCAGGUCAUUGUCUCGGAUGGCUUUCACAGGUUCUACACUCUGCAGUUGGCCCCUCAGCUUGGUCUACAAGAGAUGACAACCAAGUUCCAGGAUAGGAGUGAAGACCAUAGGCGUGGUAAAACAUGGCUGGUGGUUUGUGGUGGCAUGCUUCUCAUGGUCACUGCCUUUUCUUUUAAUGAGGUCUACUGCCUCGACAUGUCGACCAAGCCAGCAACAUGGAUGGCCGUGGAGAAGCUGAACAAUUGGGCACUCUUUCUAGGGGAGGAAGUUAAGAGCACGCCACUCUCUUGCAUGAGCUCGGAACUUUUUGGAUUGGGGAGCAACAUCUUGUUGUAUGCAGGCCUUGACUCUAAGCCAUGGAAUCUACACCAUCUGUGUGGCGGUCCGGAUCCCAUGCAUGACACACCGCCCGAUGCAGGAGACGCGCCGGAACCAUGGGGAUGGGAUUCGCCACUUCCUUGCGCGAGCCUAGGACCAUGGUGGGUGACUCCGGCGCUUGCUUGCACGAGCUUGGAGCCAUGGGAAUGGGAUUCGCCGGCGCUUCCUUGCAUGAGCCCAGAACCAUGGUGGGCGGCUCCAGCGCUUCCUUGCACAAGCCCAUACGAAUGGGGAGGGUGGAACAACACCUCACACUCCGACCCUUGGCAUCUACGCAGGCCGCCGCCGUUCUGGCUGUACCCGAGCAUGUUCUACUCUGGUGGCCAGUGA